AUUCAGUUUGAUAUUUGAAAUAAUACUACAGCUGCCAAAUGUUUUCUGUAAUGUUGAGAGUGAAAUCAUGCAUUAUCAAAGAACCUCAUUUGAAGAAGCGUUUUUUUUUCCAAUCAGUCUUUGGGAAAAGUCACAUCAUUCAGGCCCAUGCUGACUGUCAGUCUUUUACAUACCUUUGCUUGCAGUGCCCAAUCUCAACCUCACAUUGAACACGGAGAGGCGUAGCUUCUCAUUCAUGACGGAGGGCGUUCAUAUGGUCACAGUCAGAUUAUGCUACAAGAGGUCCUCCACAACCUGCCUUUCUCUCUCUCCUCCAGUCGAAUUUGAGACAAACGCAACCAACCCCUUCCCCACUAUCGUCAGGUUCCCACAUAUGCUGCCAUGCCUCUGUAUACAGAUGUUUUCAUCACUCGGUUAUGACACAGAGAGGAGGACCAUAUGCCCUCUGGAGAACAUAACGGAGGAGGGUAUUACGGAUGUCUGGUCCUAUGUUGACAUCAUCUACAAUAACUCCACGCUGGCGUUGCAUUGGCUCUGCCCCUCCACCACCCUCAUGCCCUCAGUCAGUCUCUGCUGGAACACCAGUCGGGUGGACUGUUUAGCAUUGCCCAACACCAGACUACAAGGAGCUGACCUUAACUAUGAUGUAUCUGCCAUGGACAGGCACCCACAACUGUGUAUAAAGUUUUCUUUGAAUAAAAACCAGCAUGUCCAUUGUCCAUUUGGCCAUGGUCAUCUGUGGGAUGUUACUAGUUUAGCAGUAACCAGUGGCCAUCUGCGAGUAUCUAUCACAUCCAAGAUUACCGCAUCUUAUGCGGCCGUACUGUGCACUCCUGCGGAUGAAGAAUGCAGCCCACUGGGGAAUGAGCACUUUAUCAGCAUGAAGGGCGACAGUGCAGCCGACUUGAUGUUACCACUCCCCUUCUCAUUUGCUAAGCUUUGUGUCCAGGUGUGGAGAUUUGAACCGCUUCUUCUUGGAAGAAGAAUUCAUUGCUUGGAUGAUCCCCAGGUGCACAGGAGAGGGGGUCUGAUUUUCGGAGCAGCGUUGGCUUUCAUGCUCACACUAGUGAUCCUGGGAGGUUUUGCCUGUCAACAACUAUCAAAGAAAUUGUCAGGCUUCUGUCUGAACAGGCCCAUCCUGCUGGUCAGUUCCUCUGAGGAGUGUGGCCACGUGUCCUCCGUGUUGGCGUUGGCCUCUGGCCUGAAGGCUGAGCUCCAGUGCAGUGUCCGCCUGGCCCUUUGGGACCAGUGCUCCUCGCAGGCCUCCAUAGCCCACCUGGGGCCCGUGCCCUGGCUACACGCCCAGUGCCAAGCAGUACUGCAGGCCGGGGGCAUGGUGCUCAUCGCCUGGCAUACUACUACUAGGGAUACUACUGCCUCUGAUAGCCACAAAAGGAGACACAAGGCUGGGAGGAGAGAGGAUACAGGACACGAGAGCAGACGUGUUGAAUGUGAACAUUCACAACUGACAAGUUAUCAAUGUAGGAAGAACCACAGUACGUGUGAAUGCCAUCCAGAAGAUUGUACUUUGGAAUUAAAAGCAGAGACAGGAGAAAUGAAUGGGGCACCUCCAAACACGGAGAUGGGAGACGGUGCGGCUCUGUUGGGAUGUGACGAGAGCAAACGUGACGUGAAGACCUCAGUGACUGGAGUGGUGCUGGACGCCACUCUGUCAUACGUACAAGCGGCGCGGCAGUCAAAUCACAAGAGCGCCAAUUUCGCCGUACUUCAUUUUUCGGCGUCAAAAGAUGAAAGUGAAACAGACGGGACGCUCUCAGGCCUGUUACAGACUCUACCCUCGUAUAACCUGCCAAAGGACCUCCCGGAGCUGGUGCUGGAGCUGAGCCUGGGCCCCAGUAGGCAUGACGGGAGAGCAGGAGGACAGCGUGCCUUUAAGAGGCCUCACUGCUGGCUGUGGCUCCCCGGCCUGUACUGGGCACAGCAGGUGUCAUGGCGGAUCGCUCAGAGACUGCAGAACGCACAGCACUGAGCUACUACAGUACGGACACUCACUGCAGCGCUUCCAAGAGCAGGGCAGGACUGGCCAUCUGGCAUAACAGGCCUUUCCUGGUGGGCCAGCACCCUUGUGGGCCCCUAUUUUCAGAAAUGUUGAAAUCAUUUUUUUUUUACAUUUCUGAAAAUAGGGGUCCACGAGGGUGCAGGGCCCACCGGUGAGUCAGUUCUGCGCCGCUAUUAUGAGGGGCACCUGAAAGUGUUGCAUCACUAGGAGGGCACAGCCUGGCUAGGAGAGCAUUGCAGCGUGCCUUUAAAAGGCCUCACUGCUGGCUGUGGCUGCCCGACCUGUACUGGGCACAGCAGGUGUCAUGGCAGAUCGCUCAGAGACUGCAGAACGCACAGCACUGAGCUCCAGUAUGUACACUCACUGCAGCGCUUAUUCUGAAUGUAGAAGAGACAUAUGUAUUGAAAUAUUCGGACUGGCCAUCUGGCAUAGCGGGCAUCUCCCAGUGGGCGCCGCACCGCCGUACGCCCCGCACCACCGUACGCCCCGCACCACCGUACGCCCCUAUUUUCAGAAAUGUUAAAAAAAAGUGAUGGAAAAAUGUGAAAAAGAGUGAUGGUUAUUAGGCAACCUGACCAUUCUGUAUAUAGAAGACAUGUACAGUAUAUUGAAAUAUUCGGCAGCUACUGUAUGUACGUAUGUGUAUUUUGUGGACUAUUCUUUCAGAGACUGCAGAGUGCCCACCACUGAACUCCACUCCACUCACAGCAGCAUUUACAAGGCCAGGGCUGGACUGGCCAUCUGGCAUAGCGGGCAUUUCCUGGUUGACCAUGCACCCUCGUGGCCCCCUAUUUCCAGAAAUGUUGAAAACGUUUUUUUUUUUACAUUUCUGAAAAUAGGGGUCCACGAGGGUGCAGGGCCCACCGG